AUGGCCCGAAAUCUUCAGGACUUUAUGAUUUGCUUUGAGAUGUUAGUCGCCGCAGUGGCGCAUACAUUUGUAUUCUCUCACAAGCCCUUCAUUGAUGACUCGCGUGUGACAAAUCCAAUGUUUUACUCUCUUCAACGAAUAAUUGAUCUGAGUGAUGAGCGACACGACGUGUACGAUCACUUAAGGCACAUCAAAACUCGUGUGCGAAGCAUUUGGACACAGACACGCAACGACUACGAUCCAAUUGAAGAGAGCAAUGCACCUUUGAUUCCGAUGGAAACUCGACGCACCUACGGCAGCCAGAGUAUCAUGUCAUACAACGGCGGUGUUGUCAUCGCAAUGAAGGGCAAAAACUGUGUUGCCAUUGCCGCCGACCGACGUCUGGGAGCGCAAUUUUCCACCAUUGCCAUGGACUUCCAGAAGAUCUUUGAUGUAGGACCUCGACUGUUCGUCGGCUUGCCCGGUUUCGCCUCCGACACCAUCACCGUUUCACAGCGACUCAAGUUCCGCGUCAACAUGUAUGAACUUCGCGAGAAUCGCCGAAUCAGCCCAAAGACUUUCGGCUCGCUUGUUAGCAACAUGCUCUAUGAGCGCCGGUUCGGCCCCUACUUCAUUGAACCGGUUAUUGCUGGCCUGGAUGAGAACAAUGAGCCCUUCAUUUGCGCUACCGACAUUAUCGGGUGCAAAAACGCACCGAAAGACUUUGUGUUGGCUGGAACUUGUGAAGAGCAAGCCUUUGGCAUGUGCGAAACGCUGUGGUCGCCUGAUCUAGAACCGGAUGAUCUCUUUGAGACAAUCUCUCAGGCUCUGGUUAAUGCUUGUGACCGCGACGCUGGCUCUGGUUGGGGCGCUAUUGUCUACAUUAUCGAAAAGGACAAAGUCACCGUCAAGACGCUGAAGACUCGAAUGGAUUAG